GCUCAGGGCGGGCGAUGACACAGGCUCCCAGCGGCAGCGGGAAACGGGUCCUAUCGGCAGCCGGAGGCGGGGAGGAAGGAGGAGAGAGCGCAGGCCCGACCCCUCCGCCGAGCGGAAUGCACGUCGGCGGCAGCGGCGGCGGCGGCGGCGGCGGCGGCAGCGGCGGCAGCGGCAGCGGAACAGGCGGGCCGGGCGCCGGGCUGCACCUGCGCGCAAGCCGCGCGCCCCGCCCCGCCCCGCCCCGCCCCGCGCUCACCCCAACCCCCGUCCCGCCCAUUGGUUUGGCCGCGGGCGGCGGGAGAGGGUGGGAGGAGUCGCGCGGCGCCCGAGCUGGCGGGAGCUGGAGAACUAUCCUUGCAGGCCUGAGCCGGUGACACGCAGAAGCGCGCGUCUUCCGCCCGCCGUACACGUGGGGCUUCUCGGCCCCGGAUCUCAGCUUCCUUCCCGGUGCGCGCCCUGCGUUUCCCGCACACGCUCGCUCGCCGCCCUCCAGCCCCACACUUCACCAGCCGCUUCACCUCGAAGCACCCUCGGCCUGACCGCCCGCGCGGAGGCGGGUCGCCUGAGGUCUGGCGAUCAGCCGCGCCAGCCCCGCUUGGCCGCCAGCUGAGUCCUCGGGGACCACGGCCCCAGCUCGCCUUCUUUUCCUAUAACGCUCUUCAGUCAAUCCAGAUGUUUACAGGAAAUACAGUGGAUGGGAGGACAAGUUGAAUUACACUAUGAAGAAGCAAUUAUCCAAAUCC